AUGGCCAUGCACGGCCCACCAUCGCCUCCGUCAUACCCGAUGAUCAACAACGACGGACCUCGCGCACAGCACUUUCGCGGGUUGACCCUCGGCCGACUGGACCAGUUCGAGUACUCCAACUACCCCAACAUCACCUCGGUCCUCUUCCAGCACCGCACCGAUGACCCUCAGCACGUCCAAUUCGAGGUGUGGCACUCGCCUGGGAGGGAGAAGACGCCCUUCAAGGAGGCGAUCAGGAAGAAGUUCGUCAAGGCCGAGAAGGGGAUGAUGCUCGGGCCGUCCUGGACCAACCACUGGUUCCGCGUUACCCUUAGCCCUCCCUCUUCCUGGCUCACCUCCUCGCACCCUCCCGAGCGCAUCCAACUCGAAUUCGACCCCUCAUGCGAAGCCAUGAUCUUUGAUACCGAGGGCUGUCCGUUGCAGGGCAUCACGGGCGGCUUUGGGAUCGAUAGGAGGGUCGAGUGGUUGGUCCCGAGGGAGCAGUGGAAGACUGGGUUGAAGAUCUACAUCGAAGUCUCGAACAACGCCAUGUUUGGCAACGGAUCGACCGAGACCAACGCUCCGCCUGACAUGAACCGGUACUACCGCCUGAACAGCGCGGAUCUUGUUGUCCCAAGGAUGGAGGCGUGGCGUCUGCUCUGGGACUUCCGCGUCAUCAAGGACCUCGCGCGCUCUUUGCCUGACCGGUCGCCGCUGGGUGCGAAGUGCCUCGAAGUUGGGAACGCAAUCAUGAACACCUUCAACCCCUCAGACCUCGCCACCCUCUCCACCUGCCGCGCGCUCGCGGCGGACCUCUUCGGCGGCGAGGAGUGGACGCGCGAAGGAGGAGAGGCGAAGGUUUACGACAAGGGCAGGGAGAGCGUGACGAGUUGGGCGAUUGGGAAUUGUCAUAUCGACACCGCGUGGCUCUGGCCCUUCUCCGUUACGCGUCAAAAGACCGCUCGCUCCUGGUCGACCCAACUUGACCUCAUCGCUCGCUACCCCGAACACCGCUUCGUUGCGUCGCAGGCUCAGCAGUUCAAGUGGCUCGAGCAGGACUAUCCCUUGCUUUUCCAGAAGGUUAGGAAGGGCGUGCAGGAGGGGAAGUUCAUCCCGAUCGGCGGCAUGUGGGUCGAGUCGGACCAACUCCUCCCUUCGGGCGAAUCCCUCGCGCGCCAAUUCCUCUACGGCCAGCGCUACUUCCACUCCCGCUUCGGACAGUACUGCAAGACUUGGUGGUUGCCCGACUCGUUUGGGUACAAUUCGGCCAGUCCGCAGAUUGCGAGGUUGGCGGGGUUGGAGUUCUUCUUCACCCAGAAGUUGUCGUGGAGUCAGUUCAACGAGUUCCCGAACACGAGCUUCCGCUGGCAGGGGCAGGACAAGACGCAGAUGGUCGUCCACAUGUGCCCGCAGAACACGUACACGGCCCAAGCCUCGGUCGACGAUGUCCUCAACACCUGGCGCAACCACAAGUCCCUCCAGUCGCACCCUACCGGCCUCCUCACCUUUGGCAACGGCGACGGCGGCGGCGGACCCCUCGCCCCGAUGCUCGAGAACCUCCGGCGCUGCCGGGCGGUUGCGAACAACGCCGAGAUGGGCGGAGGCGAAAUCCCAAAGGUGCAUAUGGGCGAGGGGGUAGAUGAGUUUUAUGAGGACCUCGUGGAGAGGACGAAGGAAGCGGAGAAGCUGCCGGUUUGGGUUGGAGAGUUGUACCUCGAGUUGCAUCGCGGGACGGCCACCUCGCACGGCUCAAUCAAGCGCCACAACCGCAAGACCGAAGUUCUUCUCCACGACCUCGAGUUCGCCGCAACCCUUGCGACCGUCUUCAACGCCCAGACGAAGAGCGGCAAGACGUAUGCGUACCCGAAGGACGAGAUCGACGCGUUGUGGGAGGACAUGUUGCUUUGCCAGUUCCACGACGUCCUGCCGGGGAGUGCGAUCGGCAUGGUCUACGAGGAUGCCGAGAAGAUCUACGCCAACGUGACCGAGAAGGGCUCGACUCUCCUCGACGCCGCCCUCUCCGCCCUCCUCCCCGGGUCAGUCUCGCUCGCCUCGUACCCCUCCUCGUCCUUCGGCUUCGACUCGUCCCUCGCCGCGAUUGACACUCUCGCCCUCGGCACCCGCCGCGAACUCGUCAAAGUCCCGCUUGCCGCCGCUCGCGCGCUCGACGAUGCAGCUGUCCAGCGCAGCGCGGACGGUGAGGCAUACAUCUUGUUCGAGUCGACCAAGGAGGGAGAGACGUUGAUUGAGAGACCGGUCGGGAUGGAGGAGGUCAUGCGGCGUGCGAACGAGCUGACUUCGCGAGCCCGCUCUGUCGGUGACGACUUUGUUCUCUCGACUCCCAAGCUCCAGGUCACCGUUACGAAGGACGGUCGCAUCUCGAGCAUCUUCGAUAAGGAGCUCGAACGCGAGCUCAUUCUGGACGGCAAGACGGCCGGCUUCGUCAUCUUCCAAGACCACCCGCUCAACUGGGAUGCUUGGGAUGUCGACGCCUUUCACCUCGAGACGAAGAAGGAGGUCGACGCCUCGUCCGUCAAAGUCAUCGAGGACGGUCCGCUACGCAGCUCGCUCCUUGCGACCUACCACUACGGCAAGAGCGUCAUCAAGGCCACCAUCUCGCUCGACGCUGCGGCUCCCUCGACUAAAGCCGACGCGCUCAGUCUCGUCCGCUUCGACGUCCAGGUCGACUGGCAUCAGCGCCACGAGUUUCUCAAAUGGGAGCUCCCGCUCGCCAUCACGCCGACUGGCGAUGUUGCCACCUUCGAGAACCAAUUCGGCCUGUGCCAGCGCCCAACGCACCGCAAUACGACCUGGCAGCGUGCGCAGUUCGAAGUCUGCGGGCACCGCUACGCCGACCUGUCCGAGUUCGGCUACGGCGUCGCGCUCGUCAACGACUGCAAGUACGGCCACGCAUGCGAGAACAGCACUCUGCGCCUGUCACUCCUCCGUGCAGCGACGAUUCCGGACGCCGAGCAGGACCAAGGCCAGCACCGCUUCUCGUUCGCUGUGUACCCGCACCGGGGAGCGUUCGCCGAAUCGGACGUACCGGACGUCGCGCGCGCGUUCAACUACCCACUUCACAUCCGUCGCUUGCCCGGCAAGUCGAGCAAGAGCCCGAAGGAAGGUCCGUUCUUCUUCACAGGCGCGCGCAAUGUCAUCCUCGAUACGAUCAAGCGCGGCGAGGACGACCACUUUGGUGCGAAGAGGAAGGGCGAGAACGAGACGGUCGUCUUGCGCAUGUAUGAGGCGUAUGGCGGUGCGGGCAAGGUCAAGCUCGAGGCGAAGCUGCCCGAGGGAAGGAAGGUCGUCAAGGCCGAGAUUGUCGACCUCCUUGAACGCCCCAUUGACUCGCUCAACGUCCUCGCAAGCGACUCGUCCCCCUCCUCGCACUCGAUCGACAUCCCUCGCCUCCGCGCCUUCCAGAUCCUCACCGUCCGUCUCACCCUCGCCUGA